UGUCAUAUUGUGCAUCAAUAAGACAUGAAUUAAAAAGGGUGAAAAUAUCUUUAACAGACGUGAGGCAUUCUACCGAGAUUUUUUUCCAGUUGUUUACUUGGUUACUGUAAUAUGCUUACCCUUGGUGUCACUGCAGCCAUGGAGAUUUCCAGGGAAAAUUUCCAUCACUUACUGUACAAACUAACUAAUCACCAAGGAUUCAAGUUCAUGCACGUAAUUUCACGGCUACUAAUUUUGAUGCUGCCUGCUGAACGACGAGCAAGAAACCGUCCAUCCACACAUGCUGAAUGGAUUGAGUUCAGGCGGCGCUUGGACCAGACAUUCCUGGAACAUGCCCUUUACCAAAUGAGUACGAAAGGCAGAUCCUGCUUCGGAUUGCCCAAACAUGCCUCUCAACACUGAUGAACCUUCCAUGAACCUCUUCUGUUCCUGUUCCUUUCAGACUCCAGGCCGUACUCUGAACCCAAACAGCACAUCAAUCCCUCGAGCGUGCACUGUACUCUGCUGGCAAUGCAUCCAACAUGACAGCCCAGCCAUGUUAGUCAGCGAUACGUGGUGAGGUAGACAACAGGUGAAGGGCAUCUACUUGUCUGUGACCUGCAAUCAGGGGCAGUGGGGUGGUGGUCAUGGAGGUUCCUGCUGUCCUUCCAUUGUACCCACACCAUCUUCUCAACCUCCUGAUUAUAAGUAGGCGGCUGCGACUAUCGACACAACAAUCAGUUCAUCCUUUGCUCCCUUUGCCUAUCUCAUCUCCCAUCUCAACACCGAAAGACUGCACAAAUUUUCAUCCCAAACAUGGCCGGCCAUCAGAGAUCAACGAGCUGGCCGUCUAUGGCUCAUCCCAACAAGAUUGACAUUCAAGAAGCUCUGCACAGCAUAAGCUCACUCAUUUCUACGCCAUCAGCUACCAUCGAAGUGGUAUGCGAUGGUCUGAGGAGGCUUGGAGAUGUCUACAGCUGCAUCAAUGAGGCCAUAUGCUUGCAUAGCAACCAGGUACAUGGGAAGAGGCUGGAGGAAGAAAUGGAGAGGUCGCUUCAGGUGCUGGAUCUCUGCAAUACCGUGCAAGAAAGCUUCACUGACCUGAAGAUGACCAUCCAGGAGCUGCAAAUGGUUCUCAACAGAGGAGACCUCCCAGUAGCUCAAGUUAAGGCUCAAUCCUAAGCCCGCUUGGUAAAGAAAGCCAAGCAUCACCUGAAGAAAGCUGUCAGCAAGUCUACCUCCCAUGAGGAUGCGUGGUUGGUCAGCUUAUUGAUCACAGCAAGAGGAAUCGCUGUCUUGGCGCUCAAAUCCGCAGUGGAGCUCUUGUCGAAGCAAAUGGCUACCUGCAGUGCGAGCAAGUGGUCCCUUAUCACCAAACCAAUCCAAAAGAAGAGAGUUUCAUGCGAGGAGGUGCAAUUGCAGGCACUAGAGUUGGGUAUUGUAGGCCUGGAGAGUUCAGUCGAGAACCUUUUCAGAAAUUUGAUCCAAACAAGGGUUUCUCUCCUGAACACUCUCAGCUCGUAGAUUCUCCGCUGGUGCACUGCCAUUGACAUCCAAAUUUUAUAGGACCUGUCAAUCAGCAUGAAAUUUUGUACAUUGAUUGUAUAUAGCUCAAAAGAUAUAGCAGUAGAUUAAAGGCAUGGUUCUAUUAUCUGGAAAAAGAAAUUGCAUAGGUCAUGUGUUCUCUAUCACUCACUUACGCUGCCAAUCGGUUUAAUGGACUUCAUUUUUUAAUUUAACUAGCCUGGAGGCUAGGGAUGCAAGUUUGGUCUUCUCUAGGUCAUUGGGUCGACACAAAAUUCAACCAAAAGAAUUAAUCCGGAUUUCAAAGCAAGAAAAGUGGAAAGAAAUGAACCAAGGGAGUGACCCACAACUACCAUUGGGUACCCACUUGUAUCCCUACUAGUGGCCCCCAUUUGAAAAACAAGUGCUGUCUCUAUGUAUUAUGUACAAUCAGAAUUUAUCAAAACUGAAACAACCAAAUGAAUUUACCUUAGCCGUGAUUGCUUGUUCCCUAGAAAAAACAAAUCACACAGUAUAACCUUAGUAUUCCCUCAGUCUUUUUACUAACUGGUAGAAUGGAAUUCAUGGAUUUCAUCAUUUGAGCAAUAAGUGCUAUCUCUAGUGAGCAAGCACAAAUGGUAUGCUUUACUUACCAAGUGGCCCAAUUGAGCAAUGUAAGUGCUAUCUCCAUGUACAGUGCACAAUCAGAAGUUAUCCCAACUGAAACCACAUAUUUGUGUACCUUUAACAAUUAUUACCUGUUUCCCACACUUCCUUCCAUGCCUACAGACCUAAAGUUUUCAAAUAUCUUGCCAGAUGCUCUCUGAAUUCAUAUAUGCUACUGCUGUAGAAGUUCGCUGUUAGAGGUUACCACUUCAUCUCAUUACAUUUCUGCUGCAUCCGUAGGAUUUUUUUCCUAUUAAUGUAAUAUGGCAUGAUUAUCUAAAGAUAGACAGCUGAAACUUAUGUUAAGUGUCAGCUAUACUGUUCGUUAAGUCAAAAGUCAUACUUACAUGGUAGUCCUUGCUGUUGUUGUAGUGCCAGCUGAAACAUGCCAGCAGUGCUGCACGAGCAAUGGAGGCGUCGAACACAUUGCAAGGUUGAAUUAUCAGCAGAGUAGACAAAUUAUUCCUCCCAAUCAACACCAAAACUACAGUUCUUCCCUUCUUCCUUGAUGAUCUCAUAUCUAGAUCUGAAAGUAACGUAAACCAUCGUGUAGAGUGAAUUGUCACUAAUAAUUCAGACAUGCCAGAUCAAUAAGCUCACUCAUUAACGUUUGUUGCAGUAUUAAACUGCAGGUGCCUAACAAUUUGUCUGUACUUCGGGGCUAUGCACCUCAACACAUCGCUUACCAACAGUGCACGGCAUAUGAAGGGUGGUGACCAAGAUUCCUUCUGUCAUUUGCUCUGUCCAUGCCAUUGCUUUUGCAGCUCUGUUAUAUAAAGGGAGAAGCCAAGGUCGAGCAUCAACAAACUGCAGCUUCUCUUGCCUAAUCUUCCCUUCCAUCUCCACUUCUCCAUAUAUUGCAUCAAAACUUCAUCCCCAAGCAUGGAUUCCCACCUGAGAUCCUCAAGUCUGCCUUCUAGCCCUCGCUCAAACAAAGCCAGAGUUGAGCAGCAGCUUGAGAGCUUGAAGACAAUCAUCUCUUCACCCUCAGCAACCAUUGAAACGAUGUGCAAUGGUUUGAAGAGGCUUAUAAGCAUCUAUAAUGGCAUUGAGGAGAUGAUAUGCACACCGAGCAACCAAGUUAGCCUCUGCCAAACCCUGCAAAGGAAGGCAGUUGAGGAAGAGCUCGAACGGUCGCUCGUCUUGCUUGACCUCUGCAACAUCAUGCAGGAAAGCUUCACCAACCUGAAGAUGAUUAUACAAGAACUGUUCCUGUCUCUUAAAAGAGGAGAUGAUGCAGCUGCUCAAGUCAGGGCAUACAUCCAGCUGACCAAGAAGGCACACAAACAGUUCAAGAAGGUCUUCAAAAAGACUACUUCUGAUGAGAAGGAUUGCAAGGUGGUGAUGGUACUGGAAGAAGCAAGACUGAUCACUACCUCGCUGCUCGAAUUCACAUCGUGCCUCUUGUCAAAGCAAUUUGAGAUGCCCAGGCGAUCUGUUAUCUCCAAAACAUUCCAGAAGGGAAAAUUAGUGUGUGAAGAGGAGCAAUUGCAGGCAUUAGAGUGCAGUAUCAGAGAUCUAGAGAGCGGAGCCGAGCUUCUGUUCAGGAGAUUGAUCCAGUGCAGAGUUUCUCUUCUGAAUACUCUUAGCUCAUAGAUAUCCCAAGCUCUAAUCCCCUGCGAUUGGCAUCCACCUUUUAUAGGAUUGUCAAUCAUCAAACAGUUUUGCAGCAUGUAUAC